GCGAGCCCAAAUACGGGCGGCUCGAUUGGACGCCAAGCGAGACGAGAUUCCGUAGCGGCGGCGGCGGCGGCGAAGGAGGGGAGGAGCGGCGGCGGCGGCGGCGGCGGCGAUGGCGAGGACUGACAGCUGCCUGGCGCGCGUCGGCGCCGGGGUCGCCAUCGGCGGCGCGGUCGGCGGGGCCGUCGGUGCUGUCUAUGGGACUUAUGAGGCUAUCAGAUACAAGGUCCCAGGCUUGCUGAAGAUCAGAUACAUUGGACAGACCACCGUUGGUAGCGCUGCAAUAUUUGGUCUUUUCUUGGGAGCCGGAAGCUUGAUACACUGUGGAAAAUCAUAUUAGUUAGUAGCAUUAAGUUUUGAACUCUACCCUAGCCGUUGGGCUACAAAGGAUCAACUGAGCGAACAUUUAUUUGAUCUUUAUGUAAAAGAUUACGACUAAUACCUGGUGGCUUGGGCUGGAAAGGACGAUCAGAUUCAUCUGUUAUUAUGUCUUGGUGUUCCUUUUGGUGUGGAAAUAAAAUGUGCUCAUCUCUAUGAGGGAUGCUGAUAGUGGAAGCAGCACCGGUGAAAAA